AUGAAUUCUACAGACAUUGAUGGAUUAGACACAUCAGGUGAUUCAAGACGGUUGAGAAGUAUCUCACUCUAUAAGCAAGCCUAUGGCGACAAGGUUCGUCUCCUUGCAGAGGAUGCAAAGAGCAAUGAAUUUGUAACCAACGCAGAUUUGCUUUCAGCGGAAAACUCUUCUUCUGUAUUCAAACGAACGAAGGGAGGGAAGUCGAAACGAACUUUAAAUGCUUCCCGUGAAUUUGGAUGCUGGGUGCUGAAAGUGAAGAAUGCCUCGCUUUCAAAGAAGAAGCUUGUAUAUCAAGAACGUUAUCUCUAUUUAAAGGAUGAUGUCCUUUAUUACUCUCAUAGUGAAUUUAAUCCGGAGGUUUCAAUUCGUCACUGCCGAGCAAUCCAGCUCAGCGCCACGUUGGAGUUUAAUUCACCCUCCAGGCUGGACAACCCUCAGAUCCAAUCUCACAAGUCGAUUGAUCUGCAGGUGGGCGACCGAAUGAUCACCUUCGUAGCGGAUGAAAAGUUGGCAAACUCCAGCAGCUUCAUCGUGACUUUAAUUACCACGCUCCAACACAUGAAAGAAUUGGUCAGUCCUCCCGAAGACAUGAGCGAGCUCAACAAGAUGUACAUCGAAGCACUGGAAUCGCUCGGAAUUCCGGAAGAACGAUGGGAUUUGAUGGUAGAAAAGGAACCCAAGGAGCGAAAAUGGAUUUUAAUUACGCAAAACCGGCAAAACGCGAUUUCGGGCGAUGUGCUGGUGCAAACCUGCGUGGAUCUGCUGAACCAGCCCGAUUUGGAAAUCAGCGAAAUCCGAGAGAUCCGCAUCAUCAUCGGAACUUCGCCCAAAGCGUUUCUGGAAAAGUUCCGAGACCUUCAUGGCUUCCACCGAAUCCAGCAAAUCAUGCUCUCCAUCGCGCUGAAUCCAAAUCGAACCCGAGCCGAUCUGCUCAAGCUGCACGAAGUGCUUCCGAUGGUUCGAUCGAUUCUCAAAACGCACGACAUGCUAAUGUGGCUUCUGGAUGUCGAGGAUUUUGUCUACACGCUGCUUCUCUGCGCGUUCCUUCGACAGCCCGCCAUCACGCAAAAGAUUUUCAUGUAUCUAACGAUCAUCUCGCGGAGCUCGCGCGGUCACGAGCAGGUGCUGCGCGCUAUCGACGAAAUGAUGCUGUUCGCGCAGGAGAAGGUGCGAUUCCAGUCGAUUCUCUCGCUGCUGAGCAUCAGUCAGGAUAUUGAUACGGUGACGAACAUUCUGGUCUUUUUGAAUGUGCUGAUUCAGCAGUCGGAAAGCAUUGCCGUGAAGAUGGCUAUCUACACCGAUUUGUUCACGCUUGGCUACGAUGGAAUGCAUGAGUCGUUGCUGCAGCGUUAUCCCUCCGCUGCGGAAGAAAUCACCAAUAUUUUUGGCAAUUUCAUUCAGAACAUGCAGGAAGACCGAGAAGCCGCGGUGUUCAGCGGCGUGGACUGCAGCGACGUGGUGGAUAUGAUUCAAGUGAUUCAGAAGCAGACGCAGGACGGUUCGAACUGGGAGUAUUUGUGCAAUUUGUUGCGCAUUUUGCUUGUGAUUCCGCACGAUUCGCUCGUGGGAAAAAGCAUGUGGAAGCUGAUUGUUCGCACGACGAACUCGGUGGUUACGACGAACUAUUAUCAGGACCGUGAAUACGUCACAGACGAAGAACUGAAAGAUCUGAUCAACCAGCGCGACAUUCUGAACGAGAAGUACGAAAUGGUUCGGAUCAAGGAAGACAUGGAGGACCACUACAAGGAGCAGAUUCGGGAGCUCCAGCAGCAAAUCAAGCAGCCGCUUAUGGCGCACACUUCCUCCGAAUACAUCAACAAACUCGUGGGCGAUAUCAUUUCCCAGAUUUCCAACGAUAUGGAUCUCCGCUUCAUGCGAGAUGAUCCAGUGUACAGCAAGUACUUCGCCAUGUUUGAAAGCGGCGUCGCUCUCGACGAUGUGGCGAUGGUCUGUCGACAGGAAGGAAACGACGAGCAGGUCGUUCGCGGUCCCGCGAUCAUUCUCUCCUAUAAAGAUGACAUUCUGCAGCGCCUUCAAGCCAAGGGAGUGAUCCCCGCUGUGAUUCCUGCAGGCUCCCAAGGUGGCGCUGCCGCUGCUUCGGGUGCGGCUGCCGCUCCACAGCCGCAGUACGAUCCGAACAACCCUCGAAACAAUCCGGAAUACGCAAAGUGGUUCAAACUGCUCGACAUGCACAUUCCCAAGGAGCAUUUGAUUAUCAAGAUGGAGCAGGAGGGCGUUGACCCGUCGAUUCUCGACUACGAAUCUCCCGGUGGCGCGCAGCCAUCGCGAAACGACGAGCCCGCAGCGGAAUCAUGGAGACCUGCGUCCUCAACAGCCGCUUCGAAGCCCAAACCGAAAGCUGUUCCGAUCAUUACGGAAAAGAAGGCGGAGCUGCGGCGUCGCCAGCUGCAUAUCGUGCCUGAAAAUCGUAUGAAGAACUUGUAUUGGGAUUGCAUCGACAACAACGCGAUCGAAGGAAGCGUGUGGGAGAAAAUGCACGCGACGGUGGAGAAGGAAAUCGACUACAGAGAGUUGGAGACGCUGUUUGCUGCGAAGGAAAACACGUUUUUGCUCUCCCAAUCGAAGCAGGAAGCCGCGAAAUCGACCGAGCAGGAAGAGCAAGUGCAGCUGAUUCGCGAUGAGAAGCGACUUCGGAAUGUGGGAAUGGCGAUCGUGCGCCUGAAGCCGAAGAUCGAAGACAUCCGCGAUGCGAUUAUCGAAGUGGACGAUGCGAUUCUGGAUGAUGAGAUGGUUCGAAUCCUGGUGUCCAAUGCUCCGACCCAAGAAGAAAUCGAGAUCGUGAAGGGCUACGACGGGGAUCUGAGCGUGCUGAACGAAGUCGAUCGAUUUUUCAAGGUUCUAUCGACGAUUCCCUUCCUGAAUGAACGUCUGGCCUGCAUCAAAACGUAUUAUCAGUUCUCUUCGGCGAUCGAAGAUAUGCGAAACGAGAUCGAUCGAUUCAAAGUCGCGAUUGAGAAGUGCGUGCGAAGCGACAAUCUCAGUCAUCUCAUGGAGCUCAUUCUCGCGAUUGGAAACUUUUUGAAUGGUAAGCAGAAGUGGAUUGUUGCUGACGCAUAG